AGCGGUGCGUGUAUAGGAGUGAGAUUUCAGAAUGGCGACUGUCUUUACUUAGGAGAGUACUUAUUCCCGCCCAGAAAUUGUGUAAUUAACGUGUGUCUUUGAAAAGUUCCAUGUGUUUUUCGUUGCGUAUUCGCUAAAAAUGAUUAUAGAGAAUCCGGAUCAAUUCAAGGCGUGGCUCACCGCCGUGUUGGAGCCGCUUUGCGAUGCAGAUCCUGCUGCAUUAGCAAAAUAUGUAUACGCUCUUGUUAAGAAGGACAAAACAUUAGAAGAAUUGAGAGGUGGAAUGGUUGAACAACUUGAUGUAUUUUUGCAACACGAAACAAAGAACUUUGUGGAAUUACUAUUUAAAACAUUGGAAACUCAAGAAUACACGCUUCCACCUGCAAAAAAUGAUCCAGAUAGUGGUGGGACACCUCCAGGUGUAAAUCCACCAGCACCUGGUUUAGCAACAGAAAAGAUAGUCGAAGCUACAAUUCCUGUUACUACUGUCAAUACAAAUCCCCCUGUUCCCCUCCAAAUAAAUGGAUCGGCGCCUAUGGCAAUAGGUAAACGUGAAACUAGAAAGUCAGACUCUGAUAAAAUUGACAAAGAAAAGGAGAAACGUUCGCGAAGUCGGAGUGGUCGUAUGCGAUCCAGAACAAGAUCGCGUUCACGUUCGUGGGAGAGAGACAGACGUAGGUCUAGGAGCAGAGAACAUAUUCGUCGCGAUCGAGAACGCGACAGGAGUCGACCGUGGAGAAACGAGUCACCACCAAAUACAAGACGGCACGAUAGAAGACGAAGCAGAAGUCGCAGUACAUCCCCGAUACGACCGAGGAUACGAGAUGGUCCUGAAAAUCGUGACCACAGGGCGCGAUUUAGAAACAGGUCUCCGACACCGUUACGAUCGAGAUCAAGAUCGCUAGAUCGUAAGAAGAUAGAUCGAUCCGAUAGGAUGGAUAUAGACAGAUCGGAAAGAAUCGAAGGGAGUCCUGGUGGUGGAACUCCAACACAGGAUAGUAAUCAUGGAGAUGUAGACAUGAGGUUGUCUACUACUAGUCAGUCAAUUCAAAGCGUCGUCGCUGUUGUUUCUAGUGUACCAAAUAACCAACCAGGGUUCCAAACGAAGAGAAGAUGCAGAGACUUUGACGAAAAAGGCUACUGCAUGAGAGGCGAUUUGUGCCCUUACGAUCAUGGUACAGAUCCAGUUGUAUUAGAAGAUGUAGCUUUAAGUCGCGUUCUGACCUUCGGACCGCAUAGUGCGCAAGCACCAGGAACUGUACCUGUAUCGGCGGUACCAGAACCGCCUCAAGGACCUAAUGGAAAUGCCCCACCUCAACACCUUCCUCUUGCAAGUUUACCUCCUCCCCACUUGAGAAAUCAACAUCACUCUAACAUGGACGCAUUCGCAGAAUAUAACCCGGACGCGCCAAGCAUGGAGCCUCGAAUGCCAUGGGGAAGGCAUCCCCCGCCGGGACCUGGAAUUUAUGGGCGGGGUCAAAGGGAACUAAUCAGCGUGCCAGUUAUUCCCCACACGAAUUCGUCCGAAAUAACUCACCCUCAAACGAAUCCGUUGAAACGUAAACAAGCAUUUGAUUUCAACCGUCUCGGACCAAAACAACGAGUAGUACACAAUCCAGCUAAUUGUUCUUUGGAACUGAAAAAGGUCCCCCGUAGCUUGAACAACAUAACCCAAUUGAAUAAUCACUUCUCGAAAUUUGGUAAAAUUGUAAAUAUCCAAGUUAAUUUCGGCGGAGAUCCCGAAGGAGCGUUGGUUACCUUCCAGCUACCAACCGAAGCGAAAGCUGCGUAUAGAAGUACAGAGGCUGUGUUGAAUAAUAGAUUUAUCAAAGUGUUUUGGCAUAACAAUAUUAAUAAUAACGCUGCUGGUGGCGCUAUUGAAAAUGUACCACCAGGAUGUCGACCUUCCGUGAAAGAACGAUUGGGUGCUGCCGUACCAGCGCCAACUAAAACUGAUGAAAACGAAUACAUCCCCACUCGUCGUUCAACCGAAGAACAAGUCACGCAAAGUUUGGUUCCAACAUCGCCAAAAGCGACCGCCACUGUUCCAACCCGGGAGGACAAAGUUCUUGCAAUAAAAAAGACACAAGAGAUACUAGCAGCUAAAGAAACCUUAAAAAAGAAACAGGAGGAGAAACGUAAGGAGGCAUUAAAGUUAACCGCCGACUUGCGCAAGAGAAAACAAGAACUACUGGAUAAGCAUCUGAUAGAAAUUCGAGCAUUGAUCGACAAAGCCGAGAAAAAUCCCGAACAAAAAGAUGCACUUAUGACUACGAUAAAGACUAUGCAGCAAUCUAUUGACAACUUACGCAAGGAUCUGGCUGUUAAUGGUCAAAUCGGUGUAAAUAAGACGCAAGCCAAGUCGAGAGAACAAACCCAAAAGGAGAUCUUAGACGCUGAGUUAGAUUUAAUGACUGCACAACAAGAGGGACAGGAUGCCGGAGAGUUGCAAAAGAGAUUAAACGAGUUACGAGCUCAAGCUGCCGCGUUAGGUUUAAACGCAGGCCCACCUGUCGGUAGAGGUACAAGAUCUAGUAGAAUUAUACGAGGCACCCAUGCACUAUCUUAUAGGGGUCGCGGUAGAGGAAGUUUUACUCAUGUUUCGGUAGAUCACAGACCGACGAGUCUUCUAGUCUCUGGUUACGAAACCGAAGAAAAGGCUGAAGUUUUAGCGCAUUUUCAACAAUUUGGAGAAAUUGUGAAUCAAAUAGUAGACGAUGCAACGCCUUCAAUUGUAAUCAAUUUCAAAUCAAGAAAAGAAGCGGAGGUGGCUUUUGCAAAGGGACGCACAUUUCAGGAUAGAUUAUUGUCUAUAACAUGGGUUUCCGGGCAUCAUUUACACCGCGGCGGUGGUGGUAGUAAUACGAACGCAACUGUACAACUUUCUUCGCGUUCCGAACAAGCACCACCUACCACCGAUGAAGAAAUUGAUUUAGAAGCCAACGCAAAAGCACUACUACUCGAAGAGAACGAAGAAGAAGAGGAUGAAGAUGGUGAAUCGCGUAGCUGGCGGCGAUAGCAGCGUCAGCGUUACUCGUGACAAAAAACUUGGUACCAGCUACAAUGACUGUGUGAUGAUCUGGGCAAAUCAAUAUAUGCUCAGCACCUGCGCCACUGCUGCACCGUUAUUUGAUGCAUCAAAUGCCAUGAUUUUCACGAAAGAGUCAGGUUACGAGCUCAUACACGUUAUCAUGAGUGUUACACUAUUUGUUAAUAUUAUUAAAUAUAUGCGUGUACGCGUUAUAACGGUAUAAAAAGUAUAUACCGUGCCGAGUUGCGCGUUGCAAAAUAGAAAACUGAUAUGCAAGUUUCCAACAACAACAACAACAACAACAAGAAAAAAAAACUAACCAAAUUUAUCCCAUUAUUUGUAGAAUAAAAUCGCUAUGUUUUGUAUGGGAAACAUCUUAUUCUGAAUUCAAAGUCCUUUUUCUUUCGUGUGUAAAACUGUGAAAUGUCUCUUGUUAUUACUUUCGAGAUAUAUCUAUAACAGUAGACAGACUUUUAGAAUAAGUAGAUACUUAUAAUUUUCAGAAAUUUUACAAUCGAAAGUGAGGAAACUAUAUUUAUAACUUGUAAGAUACAAAUACAAUUUAUUAUAUAAUUACCACAUAAGAUAUAGCGUAUAACGCUUCGAAGUAGUGUAAUUUGAUUUUUCUUUUUUACUUUCACUUAAUGUACUAUUUAAAGAUUGUUCCUGUAAUGAUGUACAGUGUAAUGUAUAAUUGUCAUGAUUUCCUUUUAUCAAAU